AUGGCCAUUUUCGGUCUCUGGGUAAUCAAUAAAGCGGGAGGUCUUGUUUAUCAGCGCAACUUCGCAGACGGCCUCGCACAACUUACUUCAAACGAAUAUCUUGUCCUUGCUGGUACUCUCCAUGGUAUUCACGCCAUUACCAGUAGAUUGUCACCCAUACCAGGUGCUAGCUCUGGUGCUCAAGUGAUUGAAGGAGAAACAUUCAAGAUGAACAUCCUUCUUACUUUGACGGGCACGAAGUUCGUAUUGCUUUCAUCGCUCGCUGAACCAUCUGCAGAUGUAACGUUGCAGAAAGUAUAUGAUGUGUAUGCAGAUGCGGUCAUGAAGAAUCCCUUUCACACCCCAGAAAUGCCUAUCAGAAUUGAGGGGUUUGAUAACAGGAUUACUGCUUUGAUUGGUAACGGGCACAUGGCUUAG